AGUGAAAGUAAAGUGAAAAGACUUGUAUCAGGCACUGAAACCCUACUCCUCGUCAGAAGUCUUGCUACACAACUACGCUGCGUUCGAUCUCUGUGAGCGUGUUAUUAUCUAGGAAUCUUAAUAACAGUCAACAUCAACACAGAUAUGGCCACCUCCAGCAGUCUCCUGUCUGAAGAGCAUUUCCUGUGCUCUAUCUGUCUGGAUAUGUUCACUGAGCCAGUCUCUAUUCCAUGUGGACACAACUACUGCAAGGCCUGUAUCACAAAGUACUGGGAUAGCAAUGACCUGUGCCAGUGUCCAAUGUGUAAGGAGAUUUUCCACAGAAAGCCUGAGCUUCGUGUCAACACAACGUUGAGAGAGGUUGUAGAGAAUUUUAAGAAGAUGAGAGUCAGAGGUAAAGAUGAGUCCCCUGCCAAGCCUGGAGAAGUGUCCUGUGAAUCCUGCACUGGGAUGAAGGUCAAGGCCCUGAAGUCCUGUCUGGUGUGUCAGACCUCUUACUGUGAGACUCACCUUGAGCCUCAUCAGAGAGUCCCAGCCUUAAAGAGACACAAGCUGAUCAACCCUGUGGAAAACCUGGAAGACAGGAUGUGUAAGAAGCACGACAGACCUCUAGAGCUGUUCUGUAGGAGUGACCAGACUUGUGUGUGUCAAUUCUGUACUGAGACAGACCACAAGACUCAUGACACUGUCCCUCUAGAGGAAGAGUAUGGAGAGAAGAAGGCUCAGAUGAGGACGACUGAGGCAGAAGUGCAGCAGAUGAUCCAGGAGAGACUGCAGAAGGUUCAGGAGAUCAAACACUCAGUAGAUCUCAGCAAGAGAGAGGCAGAGAGAGAGAUAUCAGACAGUGUACAGGUCUUCACUGMUCUGGUGCGCUCCAUUGAGAGAAGCCAGGCUGAGCUCAUUGAGGUGAUUGAGGAGAAGCAGAAAGCAGCAGAGAGGCAGGCUGAAGGGCUCAUUAAAGAGCUGGAGCAGGAAAUCACUGAGCUACAGAGGAGAAGCACUGAACUGGAGCAGCUCUCACACACUGAGGACCACCUCCACCUCCUACAGAGCUGUCCAUCCCUCUGCACCCCUCCACCCACCAAGGACUGGUCAGAGAUCAGUGUUCACAGUGAUCUGUGUGUGGGGACUGUGAGGAGAGCUGUGUCUCAAGUGGAGGAGACCAUUUUGAGUGAAGUGAAGAAGUUGUGUGAUGCUGAGUUGAAGAGGAUUCAGCAGUAUGCAGUGGAUGUGACUCUGGACCCUGAUACAGCACAUCCCUACGUCAUCAUGUCUGAAGAUGGGAAACAAGUGAACCAUGGAGAUACAAAACAGGAUCUCCCUGACUACCCAGAGAGGUUCAAUUAUGUUGUCUGUGUAUUGGGAAAGGAGGGCUUGUCCUCAGGGAGAUUCUACUAUGAGGUGAUGGUUAAAGGAAAGACUAAGUGGGAUUUAGGAGUGGUCAGAGAGUCCAUCAACAGGAAGGGGGAUAUCACAGUGAGCGCUGAGAAUGGAUACUGGACUCUGUGCCUGAGGAAUGGAGAAUACAGGGUUCAUGCUAAACCCAGUGUCCUGCUCCCCCUGAGAGAGAAGCCCCAGAAGGUGGGGGUGUUUGUGGAUUAUGAGGAGGGUCAGGUCUCCUUUUAUGAUGUGGAGGCCAGGUCUCAUAUCUACUCUUUCACUGGCAGCACCUUCACAGAUAAACUAUAUCCAUUCUUCAAUCCAUGUCUUAAUGAUGCUGGUAAAAACUCUGCCCCUCUGAUCAUCUCUCCUGUCAAUGACAAACUGAGUUUAUCCUUAAGGCAUAGUUGAUGGGCAUUCUUUGGAGACUGCAGUGUCAUAUGAAUGUCACAAAUGGUUGUCUAUGUCCUUAUACUCCUUAAUGAUAUCUAGUCUCUCUCAUUGUUAUUAUGAAAAUUCAAAGCAGUAAACAUAU